CCGGCCGGCGGUAGCCUCGGCUCGCGCGGACGGACAGGCAGGGCGGCGGCCAUGGAGCCGCGCAUCGGCAACAAGUUCCGCGUCGGCCGCAAGCUCGGGAGCGGCUCCUUCGGGGAGAUCUACCUCGGCACCAACGUGCAGACCAACGAGGAGGUCGCGAUCAAGCUCGAAAAUGUCAAGACAAAGCAUCCGCAGCUGCUCUAUGAGUCAAAGCUGUACAGAAUACUUCAAGGAGGAACUGGAAUCCCAAACGUCAAGUGGUUUGGUGUGGAGGGUGAUUACAAUGUUUUGGUGAUGGACUUGCUGGGCCCGAGCCUUGAGGAUCUCUUCAGUUUUUGCAACAGGAAGCUGUCUCUAAAAACUGUUUUGAUGCUUGCUGAUCAAAUGAUCAAUCGUGUCGAAUUCGUCCAUUCCAAGUCUUUCUUGCAUAGAGAUAUCAAGCCGGACAAUUUUCUCAUGGGUCUUGGGAAAAGGGCAAAUCAGGUUUAUUGUAUAGAUUUUGGGCUUGCAAAGAAGUAUAGGGAUACAUCGACACACCAGCACAUUCCAUAUAGAGAGAACAAGAACUUGACAGGAACAGCAAGAUAUGCGAGUGUAAACACUCAUCUUGGAAUUGAACAAAGCAGGAGGGAUGACAUGGAAUCUCUUGGAUAUGUUCUGAUGUACUUCUUAAGAGGAAGUCUUCCAUGGCAGGGUCUGAAAGCUGGGAACAAGAAACAGAAGUAUGAGAAGAUCAGCGAAAGGAAAAUUGCUACUUCAACUGAGGCCCUCUGUCGUGGAUAUCCUACUGAAUUUGCAUCUUAUUUCCAUUACUGCCGCUCACUGCGCUUUGAAGAUAUGCCAGAUUAUCAGUAUCUCAAGAGAUUGUUCAGAGACCUUUUUAUUCGAGAGGGGUUUCAAUUUGAUUAUGUUUUUGAUUGGACGAUUCUCAAGUAUCAACAGUCACA